UUUCCGAAGCAACGGUUAACUGAACUGGACUUGAAUAGAACCCAAACCCAGUCAUCGGACCCGAGCAAUGGCCACCCACAAGCUCGCAGUGAUCCUGAGGAACCCCUCCGAUGACACGCAAUUCCUUGUGGCCAGACAGCCUCGGCCGACGCUGUUCGGCGACCAGGAGUACGACUCCUACGCCGACUCUGAUCUCUGGGACCUGCCCUCCACUGCUCAGCUGGACCCCCUCGCAGGCGAUGCUGAACCGCAGACCGUGGUUCAAGGCGCAGAGCUGUGCUCGGAGAAGAUCAUCCUUGGAAGGGUCGACCUCAACUCCGCUUUGCGUUCGGUUUUGGGGCAAGUUGGUUUCGGAUUAGGUGACGUGGGGGAGUGGAAGUUCUUCAGGUACGUGGAGGAGGCAGAGUUUGGACCGGGAGCGGCCAUUGAUGAUGUGUUCAUUGAGGGGAAAUUGCUUGAUAAGUGCCCAAUCUUAGAAGAAUCGUGUAAAUGGGUGUCUAUUGGUAGUUGUACAGACUUGCUUGUAAAUGUCAAACCGGGUAGUGAUCGUGUUGGCCUCUUGGCGGUUAUUGGUCUGGUAAAUGAAUCAUUGCCAUCAGCCAACUUUCAAGUACCGUCGACCCUAGGACAUCAGGAAUACCCUCCUGGUGUUGUGGUUGUACCAAUGGGAAGUAAGACAGCGAAGCCUUUUCGCACCACAAAUCUGGUUGUGUUUGCCCCUAAAAAUGAUGCUGGGGAAUGCGAGGAUGGUAAUUUUGUUGCUUCUGGUGAUGCACUGAUUGUGGACCCCGGAUGUCGGUCUGAAUUCCGUGAAGAGCUCAGGAAAAUCGUGGCUGCUUUGCCAAGAAAACUAAUUGUCUUUGUGACCCACCAUCACCAUGAUCAUGUUGAUGGACUCUCAAUCAUCCAAAAGUGCAAUGCUGAUGCCAUUUUAUUAGCACAUGAAAAAACCAUGGCUCGCAUCAAGAAAGAUGAUUGGUCACUAGGCUAUACAUCAGUUUCUGGAGCUGAAGAGAUCUGCGUUGGUGGUCAGAGAUUGAGCAUUAUUUUUGCACCGGGACAUACUGAUGGCCAUAUGGCACUGCUUCACAACAGUACCAACUCGCUCAUUGUAGGUGAUCAUUGUCUAGGACAAGGAAGUGCUAUUCUGGACAUUAAUUCUGGUGGAAAUAUUGCGGAUUACUACCAGUCCACUUACAAAUUUAUGGAGCUUUCCCCACAUGUUCUAAUACCAAUGCACGGGAGGGUCAACCUGUGGCCUAAGCACAUGCUCUGCGGAUAUCUUAGGAAUCGCAGAAGCAGGGAAGGCACCAUCCUUAAAGCCAUCGAAGGAGGAGCAGAAUCUUUAUUUGAUAUAGUUUCUUCGGUAUAUGCUGGGGUUGAUCGCAGUUAUUGGUAUCUGGCUUCAUGGAAUGUGAGAGUUCAUGUGGAUCACCUGGCUCAACUAAAUAAGUUACCAAAGGGUUUCUCUAUGCAGAGGUUCAAACAAAGUUGUGGGGUACGAUUCCUCAUGCCGUUGGUCUUAUCUUACUUAUGUCACGCUUUGCUCUCGAGGUUCCAUAGACCGAGGAAGUCAUCGGCACUGGUUAUUGCCGGACUAUUGGCUGCUUUUGCUUCGGCUUACAUGGUAAGAAGCAAUCCGACUUCAAAUCGAGUAGAAGGGUAAGCCUGCAAUAGUUUGAUGGAAUAUAUGAAAAGCAUUAUCUACCUCACUAUAGUCAGUACUGAAAAAUAACCACCAAAAAUGAGUGCCCAGGUGCUGUUAUAUGAAUAUAUAUAUAAAUCUAUGUAUGUAUUUAAGCUUGUAUUUUUAUAGGUGCUAAUAUCCUAUAAAUACGUUUAUGUUUAUUAAAAAUAAAUAAAAUCUUCUUUAUUUGGUAUAGAC